AUGAGCGCCGCCGAGAAGCAGCCUGCGGAGCAGCAACCGGCACCGACCACGGCUGCUCCCGACACCGUCUCCACUCCCGAACCUGCUGCUGCAGACAACGCCACCAGCGCUACGGCGCCUUCGGAAAUCCCGGCAACCCCGGCCGCUCCCGAAGCCGCGGGUGCGCCGGACGCUCCAUCCACUGCUGAAGCUGGCUCGGAGGUCGCCGCCCCAACCGAGACAAAGAAAGUUGAGGAACCCACUGAGAAGAAGGAACCUACCGUUGAGAAGACCCCCAUCGCCCAGCUGUGGGCCGCCGCAGAGGCCAUCGGUCACCCUGAGGUCUGGGGCGUAACUCUCGCCGAUCCCGAGAGCCACGUGCCGACCCGGAUCGUCCUGCAGAAGUACCUCAAUGCCAACGACGGCGACCUUGACAAGGCCAAGGACCAGCUCACCAAGACCCUGGAGUGGCGAGCCAAGACCAAGCCCCUCGAGCUCGUCAAGAAGGCCUUCAGCAAGGCCAAGUUCGACGGCCUGGGCUAUGUCACCAAGUACCUGCAGGACGGCUCUACCGAGCCGGAGGGCAAGGAGGUGUUCACGUGGAACAUCUACGGCGGCGUCAAGUCCAUUGACGAGACCUUUGGGAAGCUGGAAGAGUUCCUCGACUGGCGAGUCGCGCUGAUGGAGCUCGCGCUGCAGGAGCUGGACCUCGCGUCGGCGACGAAGCCCAUCACGGCCGAGGAGGACCCGUACAAGAUCUUCCAGGUGCACGACUACAAGUCCAUCAGCUUCCUGCGCCAGUCGCCGCAGGUCAAGUCGGCCAGUGCCGAGACCAUCAAGGUGUUCGCCCAGAACUACCCGGAGCUGCUCAAGGAGAAGUUCUUCGUCAACGUCCCCGCCAUCAUGGGCUUCGUCUACGCCUUCAUGAAGCUCUUCGUCGCCCCCAAGACUAUCAAGAAGUUCCACCCCAUGUCCAACGGCGGCAACUUGGCCGUCGAGUUUGGCGAGAGCAAGGUGUCUGCGCUGGGUGAGAAGCUGCCGGUGAACUACGGGGGCAAGGGUGCCGAGCUGGAGGCGCAGGGCAAAGGACCGUUGCUUGAGUAG